UACGACAGGUGUGGAUAGAUGUGCACCUAAGGUGGAAUAAAGAUGAUUAUGAUGGACUCGAUACCAUCCGUAUACCUAGUAGUUAUGUAUGGAGACCUGAUAUAGUCCUAUAUAACAAGUAGUGCGGACCAACAUUUUACGGGCUCAAUGGACACUAAUGUGGUGAUUCGACAUGAUGGUCAGAUCAUGUGGGAUUCCCCUGCAAUCACCAAGAGCUCCUGCAAAGUGGAUGUCUCCUUCUUCCCCUUUGAUGCGCAGCAAUGCCGCUUAACCUACGGCUCCUGGACAUACAAUGGCAAUCAGCUGGACUUGCUGAAUGCAAUGGAAACAGCUGACUUGGCCGACUUGGUAGAUAAUGUGGAAUGGGAGGUGCUCGGUAUGCCUGCGAAAAAGAGUGUGGUUCUGUAUGGGUGCUGUGCAGACCCUUAUCCAGAUGUUACCUAUACUUUGAAACUCAAACGCCGGGCGUCUUUCUACGUGUUUAACUUGCUCAUCCCGUGUGUAAUGAUCUCAUUCCUGGCACCGUUAGGCUUUUACCUACCCGCUGAUUCAGGGGAGAAGGUAUCUCUGGGUGUAACAGUGAUGCUGGCCCUCACCGUGUUCCAGCUUCUGGUUGCCGAAAUUAUGCCACCAUCUGAAAAUGUGCCUCUCAUCGGGAAAUACUACAUAGCCACAAUGACCAUGAUAACAGCGUCCACAGCCUUGACCAUCUUCAUAAUGAACAUUCACCACUGUGGCCCGGAGGCGAAGCCAGUCCCCAGGUGGGCCAAGAAGUUCAUCCUGCAGUACUUGGCCCGCAUCUGCUUUGUGUUCGAGGUGGGCGAGAACUGCAUGAUGCCCCAGCCUGAGAGACUGGAACCUCCGCUGGACAAGAGCGCCGCUGACUGCAGGAUGAAUGGCCAGGCGGGCAGAGAGAGCAUCGUGAGGGUGGAGAGGCCACAAGACGAGAUGUCCCAGAAGAUCCUGGAGCAGGACGAGGACGGCGACCAAGUCCUGAGCCCCGCUGGCUCCAUAGGUAGGAAUCCCACCAACCGCUACACGGCGUGGAGGAACGGAGUGUUCAUGAGCAUGGACUACUGUGGCGACAGCGCUGAGGGGGCCCCAAGGCGAGCGCGAUGCAACGAGCUGGGAUGCGAGAGAGGCGAAGGGAAGGAGGCGCAGUUUAAGAGCAAGUGUGUGUGUGAGCAGCAGGAACUGCAGAGGAAUAUUGAGUACAUUGCCAACUGCUACCGAGACCAGAGGGCUACCCAGAGGCGGACCGGUGAGUGGAAGAAAGUCGCCAAAGUGCUGGACCGCUUCUUCAUGUGGAUCUUCUUCAUCAUGGUGUUUCUGAUGAGUCUGUUAAUAAUGGGCAAGGCCAUCUAAUAAUAAAGAUUACUCACACUGACGGAACACUGAAAGGCAGAUACACCUUUGGCCCAAAAUACUGUAUCAAAUUGUAUUUUGUAAAUUGUAAAAAGUUAUUACAUAUUGAUGAAAUCUAUUGUUUUGUGGUUAAAUGAAUAUAUUCCAGGGAUCUCUUCAUUCACCUCCAUAUUACCCACCAGAUCACAGAUUCAAAUGACACUCUUUUAAAUGACGGUGUAAUGAGACAUUAGUAGGCUAGUAAUUAUUCGCUUAUAGUAGAUUUGUAGCUUCCUUGUCCAUGUGCAUUAGUUUCCUUACAUUAUUACUCUUUGGUACCUAUGGCUUGAUUUAUACAGCACAUCUUAAUGUACUGUUCCAGUUUUUGCUUGUUUGAGGUUUUUUGACUGUAUGCCCUUACCUGCCUGGGCCAUAGUGGUGCUGCGGUUAGUGUCACCACUUAGCAUGCAGUCGGCCAAGAUUUGACUCCUGAAUGCCAUGAGGCUUUGUAAUUGCUUUGGCUUUUUAACUUUACUUACCUAUAAAGGUAGAGUAUCUGAUACCUGGAUUCACAUGACAUCCAAACUGCCGUACACAGGUUUCAAUGGCUAUUAGUCAUAUAGAAGUAGGCUAACUAAAAAAAUAAAUAAAAAAAAAAAGACUCAAAGUGAAAAGGGACAGAAUUUACCAUGCUUUGUAAAUGUA